UUGACAGUUGUAGGGGUCGUGGUGAUCUUCAAUGGCGAAAAAUUUAAUGAAAAUUGAGCCAUUUUUGUUAUUGUUUAAUUAUAAUUUUUGAGAAAACUUGAUUUUUUGUCAUAAAUAUUUUAAUAUUGACUUCAUUUUGAAUUUUCAUUUACAGUUGUAGAAUUCAGUAAGAAAAUAGAUAAUAAUUGAUCUCGUAAAUACAUAUAUAUGUGUAUGGACAGUAUUCACAUGUGUAAGUCGAAUCAAUUUUUUCGAGAGGUCGAAAAUGAACAAAUGAGCAUGGCUGGAAUCUAGUCUGUGUACUCUUGGGCAGUAGUUGUACCACUACUGCUGGAAAUUACCUUGAAAUUGAAUUUUUACAAUAACAGAUUUUUAAUUUAUCAAGUGGAAUAUCUAUUCUAGUCUUUGAGAUAUUAUAAACUUUAUAGAGUACACUAAUUUACAUAUAAAUGCAAUACUUUUAAGCUUUAAAUCUUUUUAAACAUAAAGUGGAGUAGUUUGUCGAAGAUUGAUCGGUUUGUGCCUAUGAGAAACUUCUCAGUAAAUUUUUCACCGAGUUAUGAGGAUGACGCGCCGCAAUUCGGAGGCCGGAGCUUCCGAUGAGUGGCAAAAGCACCAAAUCACGUCUGAGAAAUUUGACGGAGUCCAAAAUUGAAGAAAAAGUGUCUUCGUCACGACAAUAUUAUUCGCUUUCGCCGAGUGCUAAGAGACGGAGGUAUAGUGAAGGCUGUAAAUCAUUCAUCGAGGACAAUAUGGCAUCGCAAAGUCAUAAUACUGGAAACACCGGGCUUCUGGCAACCCCAUCAUCAUCAUCAUCACCAUCAUCGUCAUCAUCAUCAUCAUCAUCAUCGCCACCAUCAACAGCAUCUCCAAUACCAUCUUCUUCGUCAACACCAUCACAAUCCGUAUCACUAUCACCAUUGUCUCCAGCGUAUAUUUUUUCUGGAGGACAACAAUCUCAACAACAAAAAUCCAACAAUUUCGAACCACUCGAUAAAAAUGCAUCCAAUACAUUAAAGCGAAUUCCCACAACAGCACUAAGCAGAACGGAUUUGGUAAAACUUCUUGGAUACUUCGAGGCAGAAUUACAAGCUAAAGAUAUUGUCAUUGCCGCAUUAAAGUCGGAAAAAAUGAAGCUUUUAUUAAGCUCACGAUAUCGAAGUGGCACGACAGAUCCUCAGGCAGCCUUAGCUCGAGACGUUGCAAUUGUUGGCGGAGUUGUACGAACAGAAAAUAAUCAAGCUGAUCGUCAACUUGCAAGCUUAGAAGCUCUUGUAAUUCAGCAAAGACGAAUGCAAUGUCGAAUGGCAAAAGUUUUAAAGGAAGCUGAACUUCGACAUCGAACGGUAGUGAAAGAAUUGGAAGAAGAGAAACGAAAGCAUGAGCAUGACACGGCACAAGGCGAUGAUAUCACUUAUGGAUUGGAGAAGGAACGGACGAGAUUGAAAAAAGAAUUAGAACUAGAAAGACAAGAAAGAAAACGUUUGGAAAUGGAGCUAAAGAAAGAAAGUCUAGCAUUAGAAACGGAAAAAUCAAGACAGAAACAAAUUGUUUUGCUUUUAUUAGCAGAGAGAAAGAAGAUCAUAAUGAAAUAUAUUGAAGAAAGAAAACGCUCAGAAGAUUUGGCUCAGAUAUUAAGUGAAGAAAAAGUUCGGAUUGAUUCGAUGGCUGAAGGGCUCGAAGAGGAGAGUAAAAAGUCACUUCAAAUGGAAGCAGAAUUAGAAAAGCAACAGGCACAGUUUGAUAUGGAGCGACAGCAAUAUCGUCAAGCACUCGCGAAAGCUGAAAAACGUGGAAAAGAAUUGGAGGCAGAUCUGGAAGGGAUGAGGUCAGAAAUAGAAUCAUGGAAGGGUGGAGUAGCGAUGCGAGGAACAGUUCGUGCUCCAUUAGGUGUUACUCCUCCUCCACCUCCAGCGAAGCCUGCUAAUUUAGCAGCAAUGCCAACCCUCCGACCUGUUGGUAAUACUACGCAAGUUCUUAAAGGGUCGGCAGUUCUUGGAACGGGUACUCCAAUGGUCAGUAGUAAAGUAGUUCAACCCACAGCAACGGUUUCUAGUGUACCUGUCAGUGGUCCCACAACGGGAAUUGCGAGAUCAGUGACACCUCGACAGGUGAUGCGAGGCGUAACAUACGGUUCUGCAACUCCAGCAACUCCAAUCACUUCAUCAUCAAGCUUUGCUACACCAACACAUGCUAAUACAAACGCAACGACAAUAGGUCCUGCGUACACCACUGCAUCAGCAACUGCCCCUAAUAUCAACGCUAAUGUAACACCACCAACAAUUAGUGGUACUGAAUCAACGGCCUUGGAGCCUCAGACAACGGAAAAGCGAUCGCUAACUCCAGUAGGAGGCCUUGCAUCACCAGCAUCUGGAACACCAUCAUCCGCAUCAUCUCCCGUAGCUGGAGGGUUAGUUACUGGUGGAACUAAAUCAACAUUCUACACUCCUACGGCUGGACAACUAACUGGAACAAAGAAGCCCCUUAUUCCUCGAGGUGUUCCUCCUCCGGUACCACCAAAUAAACCGGUUGUACCGCCAAAAAAAGAAGCAGCUGCUUAUAUGAGGAGAGCUGACCAUCCAAAUGCCAUGCAAGAUACGUUAAAGAUCAAUAAACCUUCAGGAACAUGUCAAACGGCAGCUUCUGUUGCUACUUCAGUACUCCAGCCAUCAGCACAGACUACUCCUGGACUUGUUCCAAGUCAUCAUAUAGUGGAGGAGACUAAACCACGUUGAUAAAUUUUUUGUUGGAUAUUAUGGAGGAUAAAAAUUCCAACGUUGACAUAGGACUCGAAUCUUGAUGGGUUCCAAACUAUACCAGCGAUAUUAUAAUCAAGCAGAUCCAUAAAAAACCCAAAUCAUAUAGGCAUUGUUAUUGUACUCUCACAUCUUUCACUCACUUCAAUUAUAAUUUGAGUUUUUACACUCAGGAAGCCUAUUAUCAUUUUCAUUAAUUAAGAACGUUACUGUGAGAUUAAUAGAAAUGUUAGACGAUCGCGUUUGAUGUUACCACUGCCGAGAAGAUAUGUGUGUAUGUAUAUUAAAAAAUUGUAUAAAGGAGGAAAUAAUUUAAGUGUUUGGUACUUAAAAAUAUUGCUUAUAAAAAUAAGACGCAGCUAAUGAAUUUUAAUUGAAUCAAUGAAUAAGUAUCACUGGGGGAAGAAUUUAUUGUUAAUAAUUAAUAAAUCGUUAUCACCUUAGCAUCUUAAAAAUGUGUCAGCUACGAGAGAAAGAGGCCUGUAUGUUGCAAAUAAAUUCUCUCUGAAUUUAAUUGAAUUUUAAUCAGGCAUUUCGCAAAUAGAGUAUUAAUCGAUAAACCAUAAAAUAACAAGGGAUUUAUUUAAGUUGUUUUUAAGCAAUAAAUUUACAUUUAUUAAUAUUGCAUAGAUGCAUGUUGUCGACCAGAAGAUAUCAGCUGUAACAUAAAUACAUAUUUAUAAAAAUUGGAGUAACUCUAGGCUAUAUUGUAAAUGGAUUCUUCUCUCAGUAUUAAAGUAUUUUUAAAAAAAAGCGUAAAUCAAAGGUAAUGGUCCUAUUGAUAUUAACGCUGAAUUUGCUACUUUAGAUGCAUCAAAAUAAUACAUUGUUAAAGGUUGACAAUACCUAAUUGUCGAUACAUACGUUGACAUUCAUGUCACACAAUUCAUCUAACUUGCAAUGUCGUACAGUCUUCCAGUGAUUGAAACUUUGAUAAAAAAUUUUUUUUAAUCAAAAAAAAAAAAACAUUUUUCUAUGUUUAUUGCAAUAAAAACUAAUUGAAUGAUUUUGAAAUGGCGUUUUAAUGUGCCAUUACAUUUUCAAAUAACAUCAAUUCAUUAAAUCAACAAACAAAUUGACUCUUGAAUAAAAAUUUUCAUAAAUGAAGUAUCAUAUAUUAAAUGCAAUAAAUUUGCACAUGGUACAUGCCGUAGUAUCUGCAUCACGUUCACUGUAGUUUUGACGUUACUUUAUUCCUUUUGCUAAAAAACAAAAAUAUCAAAUUAUUUAGUAUUCAUAUACCAUUUUCAUUAUCAGUAGUAUGUCAUUGACUGCAUUGUAUGUAAAGAAGAGAAUAACAUAAACAAAUAAAUGAAUAAGUAAUGUAGUGGCAAUUACCUAGAUUUACCUUUUGAACUCUUCAUUUCGAAUUAUCUCCCGGCUCUACAAAUAAAAGAGUCAUUGUAAACAACUAAAAUAAAAGAAAAGCAAAAGAAGUAUAAUAAUAUAUGAAACAUAAUGAAAAUAUAAAAUUGAAAAUGAAUACAUGACUGAACAAAUUGAAAGCAAAUAGAUAUAUUAAUGGUUAAUUAAAGUAACUCUGAACUGAUGUGGUUAUACUUUGAAUGAAUGUAUGAGAAUAAAGGAAAUCUUGUAUGGAGUGUAUCUUGGUAACAUACCGAAUUGAUCUUUAGUUCUAUAACAAUUGUAAAAAUCAAAUAUAAGUAAAAUGUAAAAAUAAACAGCGUUUCAAACAU